GUUUCCUACGCUGCGAUGGCGUUAGCGGUGGCGGCGGCGACGGCCGGUGUCGGGGAGGCGUUUGUUGCCGCUCCGGUGGCAAGGACGGGCCCGCCGGCGUCUUCUUCGAGCUGGGCCUCCUGCCGGGCGGCGUCUCGAGGGGGGGGACGGGGAGCGGGAGUCAGCAUGAUCGUAGGGGCGGAGGCCCAAGUGGCAGACACGACCAACCUUCUCUUCGCGCAGAUGGCAGGGUGCACGGGGCUGAUCAGCGCAGGGUACAAGAUUACGUGGGAUAAAGGGGAGGAGGCAGAGGAGGGAGAGGAUGGCGAAGAGCGAGAGGUUGACAUUUUCAGGGAUACCGCGCUGCGCUACAUGGGGUACGCCAACGAAGUUGGAGAGGCCUUCAGGCCGCUGAUCCCGGCGUUUGCGGUGGUGGCUUCUUACGGUGUCGCCAUCGCUUACGUUUCGGCGGACGCCGUCUCAAAGGGAUUCAAGUGCGCCAAGGAGAGCGAUUCCAAUUCCCCGGGGUGGGCGGCUGGCUACCGACAGCGGCGGGGUUGGGUCUGAUUCCCUUCAUCGUGGCACCUCUCGACAACCUAGUGGAGGAGGUUCUGGACAAGACCAUCCGGCCCGUCCUCUUGGACAAGUUCCCAACGUGCGAACUCGAGCCCAUCUUCGGCGCGGAACCCCUACCGUGAUCUGCAAUCUGCGGUGCCCCCCCCCUUCACUUAGAAGUGUGAAAGGACGAGGAAGGAGGGUUUCGGGGAGGAAGGGUCCUUGGUGUUAGCAACCACCAGACACAGCAGUAGUGGUGUAGUAGUGGAAGUGCUGGGUUCGAGGAUUAUUAGGAUUGGCAAUAUCUCUUUUUUUUCGUUCUCGUCCGGAAAGAGUUCCGGUUAUUUCCCAA